UCUCUCCCUGGCUCAGGGGGGAAGCUGGGAACCAGGACUCCUGGGUUCCCUCCCUGGCUGUGGGAGCGGCUGGGAGCUGGAAUUCCUGGGUUCUCUCCUUGUGCCGGAGCCAGGGCUGGUGCUGGUAUAACAUUCGGAACCACGCUCCGAAUCGAAUUGGUUCUGCCGGUGUGAACGCUGCACAGCCCCGUCUGACCGCGGACCUCUGCUCUCGUGGCGUAAGCUCGGGCGGGGUCGCACGCCGACCCGCCCAGCGAGGCCCUGGGGCGCCUCCCGAGCUGAGCCCCUCGCAAGCGAAACCGAAACCGAAACGGGGAGCGAAGUCGCUGGAAAAUUCCCCUGCCGAAGCUUCCCGAUCCGUCCAGCCGCCGGAGACUCAACAGAUGAAUAUGAUUUACAGCCCGGUGCAGGGGAUUCAACAUGUAGAAGUUCUGGCUCUGAGCUGAGCUGUGCUUGAAUGCUUCCUCCGCCGUGGUGAGCCACAGUACAUUGGACCCCUUUAACGGCUUCGGACCCCCAUGGCGACCGGAGAGGGAAACGCUGCAGGAAGGAGGAGACGCGCCGGCCAGGGGCUGGGGUGCCGGGGCGCCCAUGGGUGCCAGAGCAGGCAUUUGGGGUGAUCUCACACCCGACGUGAGAGUAGGGGCCGGGAACCCCCGGCACCCAGCGAAGCGUGAGGAGACCGAGGGCAGGACUCUGGCGCCAGGACAGAGACGCACCACGAGCGACUUCACGGGGUCCGCCAGCAGCCCCGCUGCCGCCAGGCCACCUCCCGUCCCCCAGGCCACACCCAUCCCGGCUGCCGGCCCCGGGGCCUCGGCCACCGCCUCUUCCGUAACCACGGCUACGCCCGCCACCACUGCCGUGACCGUGACACCCGUCACCUCCACGGAUACACCCGCCACUGCUGUAACCACAGUGACACCCAUCACUGCCACGAGCACUCCCCGCGUCCUCACAACUACACCCAGUGUUACACCCAUCACCACUUCAGCUACCCCCAAAACAACACCACCACCAACACCUUAUGCUUCACCCCUGGCUGACAUAAUCACCACAGCUACACCUAACACUACACUCGCCACCAACACCGCCACUCCACCAUCGACAACUCCACCCACCACAGCUACAACUGACCCUGCACCCGCCACCGCCACCUUGGCUACCCCCACAACUACACCUGACACUUCACCCCUUACGGACACCACCACCGCUACACCUAACAGUACUCUCUUCACCUCCAUCCCAACUACACCCACCAGAGUUACACCUAACACUACACUCGCCACCAACAUCACAACUACACCAUUGACAACUCCACCUGCCACCUCCACAACUACACCUGACACUUCACCCCUUACUGACACCACCACCACUACACCUAACACUACACUCUUCACCUCCAUCCCAACUACACCCACCACAGUUACACCUGACACUACACCCGCCACCAACACCUCAGCUAUCUCCACAACUACACCAACGGCUGCACCUGACACUCCACCCCUUACUGACAUCACCACCACCCCCACAACUACACCUAACACUACACUCCCCACCAACACCGCCACUACACCAUCGACAACUACACCCACCACAGCUACAACUGACCCUGUGCCCGCCACCACCACCUGGGCUACCCCCACAACUACACCUGACACUUCACCCCUUACUGACACCACCGCCACUACACCUACCACUACACUCGCCACCAACACCGCCACUACGCCAUCGACAACUACACCCACCACAGCUACAACUGACCCUGUGCCCGCCACCGCCACCUUGGCUACCCCCACAACUACACCUGACACUUCACCCCUUACGGACACCACCACCGCUACACCUAACACUACUCUCUUCACCUCCAUCCCAACUACACCCACCACAGUUACACCUGACACUACACCCGCCACCAACACCUCAGCCAUCUCCACAACUACACCAACGGCUGCACCUGACACCCCACCCCUUACUGACAUCAUCACCACCACCACAACUACACCUGACGCUACACCUGUCACCAACACCGCAGCUACACCAUCCACAACUCCACCUGCCAUCUUCACAGCUACACCUGACACUUCACCCCUUACUGACACCAUCGCCACUACACCUAACACUACACUCGCCACCAACACCACCACUACACCAUCGACAGCUACACCCACCACAGCUACAACUGACCCUGUGCCCACCACCGCCACCUUGGCUACCCCCACAACUACACCUGACACUUCACCCCUUAUGGACACCACCACCACUACACCUGACACUACACUCACCGCCUCCAUCCCAACUACACCCACCACAGUUACACCUGACACUACACCCGCCACCAACACCUCAGCUAUCUCCACAACUACACCUAACGCUACACCUGACACCCCACCCCUUACUGACAUCACCACCACCCCCACAACUACACCUGACACUACACCCGCCACCAACACCACAGCUACACCAUCAACAAUUCCACCUGCCACCUUCACAGCUACACCUGAGACUUCACCCCUUACUGACACCACCACCGCUACAUCUACCACCAACACAACUCCUCCAUCGACAACUCCACCUGCCACCUUCACAGCUACACCUGACACUUCACCCCUUACUGACAUCACCACCACCCCCACAACUACACCUAACACUACACCUGCCACCAACACCGCCGCUACACCAUCGACAACUACACCCACCACAGCUACAACUGACCCUGCGCCCGCCACCGCCACCUUGGCUACCCCCACAACUACACCUGACACUUCACCCCUUACGGACACCACCGCCGCUACACCUAACACUACACUCUUCACCUCCAUCCCAACUACACCCACCACAGUUACACCUGACACUACACCCGCCACCAACACCUCAGCUAUCUCCACAACUACACCAACGGCUGCACCUGACACCCCACCCCUUACUGACAUCACCACCACCCCCACAACUACAGCUGACACUACACUCUCCACCAACACCACAGCUACACCAUCGACAACUACACCCACCACCUUCACAGCUACACCUGACACCUCACCCCUUACUGAUACCAUCACCGCUACACCUACCACCAACACAACUCCACCAUUGACAACUCCACCUGCCACCUUCACAGCUACACCUGACACUUCACCCCUUACUGACAUCACCACCACCCCCACAACUACACCUGACACUACACCUGCCACCAACACCGCAGCUACACCAUCCACAACUCCACCUGCCAUCUUCACAGCUACACCUGACACUUCACCCCUUACUGAUACCAUCACCGCUACACCUGACACUACACUCGCCACCAACACCACCACUACACCAUCGACAACUACACCCACCACAGCUACAACUGACCCUGCACCCACCACCGCCAUCUUGGCUACCCCCACAACUACACCUGACACUUCACCCCUUACUGACACCACCGCUGCUACACCUAACACUACUCUCUUCACCUCCAUCCCAACUACACCCACCACAGUUACACCUGACACUACACCUGCCACCAACACCACAGCUACACCAUCGACAACUCCACCUGCCACCUUCACAGCUACACCUGACACUUCACCCCUUACUGAUACCAUCACCGCUACACCUAACACUACACUCGCCACCAACAUCACAACUACACCAUUGACAACUCCACCUGCCACCUCCACAACUACACCUGACCCUUUGCCCCUUACUGACACCACCCCCACUCCCACUACGAGCACAAGCACUGUUGUGUCCUCACCCACCCUAUCCUGGAGCACCACGACAGCAGCGCCCUGCCAGAACGGUGGCACGCCAAAUGGCACCGAGUGCCUCUGCCCGGCUGGCUACUUCGGCCCCCGCUGUGAGUUACCGGACACCAGGUUCUGCCAGAACGGGGGGGUCUGGACCGGGGCAGAAUGCAAAUGCCCCCGCUUCUUCCACGGGCUGCAAUGCGAAUUCGCCGUGGGCACCAUCACACUCGAAGUCGAGGUGAAGGUGACAAUGGCCGUGACGCUGCAGGUGACUAACCGCAAGUUCACCGCUGCCCUGGCGAACGCCUCCUCUCCGGCCUGGCGAGGAUUCAGCACCUUGUUCACACAGCAGAUCAAGCCGGUUUAUAGCCAGAUCCCGGGCUUUCAGGACCUGGAGAUCCUGGAGCUCACGCCGGGCAGUGUCGUGGUGGCCCAUAGGGUGGCCCUGGCCGUCCCCGUCACCGCCCGGCUCAACGCCACGCUGGAGGAUCUGCCCCGGCGGCUGGCGGAAGAGAUCAGGCUGGCGGCCCGCGACCAGGUCGUCUGCACCAGCAACUCGCGUGCUCUGUGUUUCAAUCCUUCCUCCACCAAGGUGACCAGCCGGACGACAGCAGAGUUCAACGGUGCAGAGAUCUGCAGGCAGGCGCUGCCCCCCGAAUUCAGCGCCCACUUCUUCCCCCGCCUGACGCCCGACGGCUUCACCUGCACCUCCCUGUGCACCGGGGGGGUGCCGGGCGCCCUCGGCUGCAACGCAGGGCAGUGCCGGGUGUCCCGUGCCGGCGCCCACUGCCGCUGCCCGGAGAGCGGCCGGUUCUGGUCCCUGGGCGCCAGCUGCCAGGUGCAAAUCGACCGGGUCGGCGGCACCGUCGGCAUCGUCGCCCUCACAGCCUUUGUGCUGCUCAAUGGCGCCCUCCUGCUGACCUACAGAUCAAAGGUCAGGGAGUGCCUACGCUGCCGACGGGGGCGCUGACCUCACCUCCCCCCCGCCUGGCCCCCAGGGGCCAACGGGCCCAGCAGGGGGAGGGGAGCACUGUGCAGCCGACCGAUGCUGACUUGAACCCUGGGCCGGGCCACCCAGCACCACGGUGAGCGGGGGGGAAACGCACAUCGUA